CAAAUGAAGGGGAGGGCCACUGUGCCACUAGUCUACAAGAACUCCCUCCUCUUCGUCCCCGCAGUCCCCGAGCCACCGCACCACCAACUGUUCAAGAACUGCGUCUGCGUGGCAAUGGAGAAAGCACCGAUCGAGUAGAUGAGGUGCAAGCGGCACCCGUACGAGUGCGGGCCCGGCGUGUGCGCGUCCUGCCUCCGGGACCGCCUGCUCGCGCUCGCCGCCGCGCUCAACGAAGCGUCCUCGCUGCCACCAACGCCGGAGCCGGUCCCGCUCUUCCCGAGGUCGGUGUCGCCGUACGUGUGCCCCCGGAAGUCCGACGCGUCCAGGCCGUGGAGCCGGCAACCGUCGAGCCGCCUCUUCUUCCGGACGCCUCAGGUGGAGCCCGCCUACGGCGGCGGGCCGGGCUUCGAGGAAGGCGACAUCGGAUUCCAGAUCAAGCGGCGUCGCCGCGGCAAGCUCUCGGCCCUCGCCGCGCUCUUCGGCCACCACCACGGAUCGGAGGGGAAGGGUGGCGUUGACAGGGAGCGGAAGCACGGAUCUUGGCUCGCGGGGAUCAUGCCGCGCGGGCGCCGGAAGAAGGAGCCGGCCGUCACCGCGUCGCCGCUCUCCCCGCGACGGCGCCCCUCCUCCCGCGCGAUCAGCAACCGGGGGCUCUCGCCGGUGAGGUGGUCCUACGAAGAGAGCGAGGAGAGCAGCUCGGUGGCGGACUCGCCGUGGCGCCCGUCGCCGAUGCGGAAGACACCCUUCCAUCGCCUCAUGGGAGGACGCGCCGGGGCCGGCGUGUCGGGCUUCGCGGUGUGCAUCAGCCCGCUCGUUCGGCCCACCCCGGGGCGGCACCACCGCGGAGGCCACCCGCCGGACGCCCCCGCCAUGUCCGGCGAGCUCCGGCCGUCGCCGCUCCACCAGCCCCCCUCCGGAUCGUCCCUCCACCACUGCCGCUCCUGGAAGCUCGCCGACGGCGGCCGCUUCCGGUGAGAUCCUCCUCCCUUAUAGUAUCAUUUUUUUAUUUGUAUUUUCCCGCGUCCCAGUUAGUUAUUCAUCCCAAAUUCUCGCAUCCAUUUUUGUUUGGGGUUUGAGCUUUUCUCCCUUUACGUGUAAAAUGGAAAACGAAUUUGGCGGCAAGCUGUUCCACUGACAUGCGGGCACCGACGCUUCCAUCGUAUACUGUCUGUCAGUGUCAGCUCAACAUGUUGCAGCACUGUAAAAAAAUGCUUCUGCUGUGUUUGUGUAUACUAAUUUAUUUAUCUA